AUGGAGCCUGAUAGUACAAUCAAAGAUGAAAGUCUUGACGAAAAGACCAACGAGAAUAAAGAUGAACAAACAGAUCAUAGCACAGGACCAGAUGUCACAAAAGAUAACAAGCCUGAUGAUAAGGAACCAAAAGAAGAAUCGGAAAAUAAAACAAAUGAGCAAGACGAUGAAAAUACUGAUCAACAAGCACCUGAUAUUGUUAAAGUCACAGACGAAAUUGAUGGAUUCGUUACUCUUUUAUCAUCGCACACGGGUGAUGAUGAUGAGGAACCCCCAGAAAUUCAAGAUUCACUCGAAAAAUUUGCCUUUGUCGCGGAAGCAAAAAUAGCAAACUACGAUAUGAUGGAUAAUCCUGUCAAAUGGAGCCAACUUUCCGAAGAAGAAACAACUAGUCUUCUCGAAAAUGUAGCUCGAAUUCACAAACUUUGUGUAUCACUUGCGAAAUUCUCUAAACAUUCAAAUUACGCCUUGACUCUCAACCGUUUUGGAGGAAUUCUUCAACGUGCUUUGUCCUUUUUUGAAGAGGAAUUCAGGUUAUUACUUGAAGACUAUGAUGCCAAUAACAUUGAGUAUUCGUCAGAUCCGGAUCCAGAGCAGGAGCCUCCAGAGGUAAACUAUUUUCCAGGAUAUUCAGACGAUAUCAUAGCCAAGUUGAACAAACUGGGGCAUGCAUUGAUAUCAGCUGGACAUGAAACAGAAUGUUGUCAACUGUAUUUUCUGGAGCGAAGAAAAGCAUUAGAGGCGACUUUUGACAGAUUGGGAUUCGAAAAGAAUAGUAUUGAUGAUAUACAGAAAAAAAGUUGGGAGUCUAUGGAGAGAGACAUUGCCACCUGGAUCAAAACAUACAAGGAAUUCUCUAAAAAUAUCUUGCCAUCAGAGCGAAACCUCAUUGAAUCUGUCUAUGCUGGACACGAAUCUGUAUCCCUUAACUUAUUCAGAAUACUCUCUCGAACCUUUUUAAUUCAACUUUUUAAUUUCUCAGAGGCUGUCGCCAUGACAAAGCGUUCUGACGAGAAGCUUUUCAAAUUUGUGGAUGUCUAUGAAACAUUGCGAGAUCUGAUUCCUUCCUUGGAUGGACUAUUUCCUGCAGAUGAUGUUGUUCUUGAGCUGAUAAAAUCAGACGUAAACUUGACUCGUUGCAAGAUUGGUGAGACUAUUAUAUGCAUUUUUAUUGAGCUCGAAAACAAAAUAAAGACUGAAAGUGGUAAAACUCCCGUCCCUGGGGGCGCAGUACAUCCAAGCACACGUUACACACUAAAUUAUCUAAAAGCAGCAUGCGAGUACAAGGACACAUUAGAACUAUUGUUCAAAGACCAUCAAAAAAUCGAACGAGCAGAUUCACAGAGGUCCACCUCAGACUACAAUGCAGCAAAUAACCAGCCGUCGAAUAAUAAUGAAGAGGCCACUGUACAGUCCCCAUUCCAAAUUCAAUUACAAAGAGUGAUGGAUUCCGUGGAUAUAAAUCUCGAGGGGAAAUCUAAGUUGUACAAAGACCCUUCACUAAGCCUAAUUUUCCUAAUGAAUAAUGGACGAUACAUAUUACAAAAAGUAAAAGGAUCACCAGAAAUAAAAGGUGUCAUGGGAGAUCCGUGGAUUCGAAAGCGAUCAUCAGAUUUAAGGUCUUAUCAUAAGAGUUACCAAAGAGAAACAUGGGGUAAAGUGUUGCAGUGUUUGACUGCUGAGGGAUUGACAGUGCAUGGUAAAGUGUCCAAGCCACAAUUGAAGGAAAGGUUCAAAAGUUUUAAUGCAAUGUUUGAUGAGAUACAUAAAACACAAAGCACAUGGGUGGUAACUGAUGAACAACUUCAGUCGGAGCUAAGGGUGUCGAUAGCUUCGUUAGUGAUACCGGCUUACAGGUCCUUCAUGGCUAGGUUCAGUUCAACAUUUACACCAGGAAGGCAGACGGAGAAGUAUGUAAAGUACCAGCCGGAGGAUAUAGAGACGUACAUUGAUGAGCUUUUUGAUGGAAGUUCUGCAACCCAAAUGGGAAAGAAGAGGUGAUCAUCAUCAAAAUAAAUUUUAUGAGUAAUAGACAAUGGAGAGAUUUCAUCAAAAAUCUCUGUGUAGUGGAACAAUUAUGGUUUUUUAUAAUUUUUUUUGUUGUUUUUAAGAAUACUUGAACUUAUUGUAAUGUUAAAUAGCUCAAAGCC